AUGGGACAGCAAACAUCAACACCAAAAAUCACUCUGCAAGACAGAGCGAUAUUCCUGUUGAAGCAACAACGAGACAAAUUGAAACAAUAUCAACGGAAGUUGAACACGAUAAUAGAAAGGCAGAACAAAUUGGCUAAGGAAGCUAUAAUCAAGAAGGAUAAUGCGAGGGCGAAGGUUUACUUGAGAUCAAAGAAGCAGCAGCAGACAACAAUAACGAAGACAUACGAGCAGCUCGACAACUUAGAGACAUUAAUCGGUACUAUCGAAUUCAAGUUGAUCGAGAAGGAUGUGAUGUAUGGGUUGGAACAAGGUAAUGAGGUGCUAAAGACGUUGAAUUCGGAAAUGAGCGUGGACAAGAUAGACAAGGUAUUGGAUGGCCUAGAGGAUGAGAGGUUGAAAGUAGACGAGGUACUGGAUAUGCUCGGAAUGGGUUCGGGCUUGAGCAAUGGUGAAGAACACGAAGUGGAUGAGGAGCUAGCCAAUUUAGAAGCAGAAGUCAACGGCACCAAGAAGGUCGAAACGGAAGCCCUGCAAGACAUUGACAUGCCUGCUGUGCCUGAUACUAAACCAGAAUCAAAAAUUCCCGAUGAAGAGGAAGAAAAAGAGGAAAAGCCAGUCAAGUCUAAACCUAACGAGCCAAUAGCUGCAUGA